UGUGUAUUACCGGAAGAGAAUUCCAAAAGAUCAAAAAACAUUGAAAGAUGCGACGACGACCAGGAAUCGGAGGGCUACAAACGGCCGCGGCUGCUCGGGACCAGUACCGGUUAUUAGGAGAAAAUGUGGCCAAGUUACGGACUGAUAUGAUGAAAGAGCAGCUUGCCACGUUCCGGUCGCAGCUUGAAGAGUUUGCUCGUAAACACAAGAAUGACAUUCGUAAAAAUCCAGCCUUCAGAGCUCAAUUCCAUGAAAUGUGUGCUAAAAUUGGUGUGGAUCCAUUAGCUUCCAACAAGGGCUUCUGGGCUGAGCUCCUGGGAAUUGGUGACUUCUACUAUGAACUUGGAGUCCAGAUUAUUGAAGUUUGCAUGCUUACAAGGUCACAGAAUGGAGGUUUGAUCAGCUUGCAAGAGCUCUGUAACCAUCUUCGUCAGAGACGGAAAAAAGACCGUGAAGCUGUGACUGAAGAUGAUUGUCUUCGAGCUAUUAGCAAGCUAAAGGUAUUAGGUAGCGGAUUUGAGGUUAUCACAAUUGGCAAGAAAAGGUUUGUCCGUUCAGUCCCCACUGAGCUGAACAAAGACCAUAACCAAAUCUUGGAGUUGGCUCAGGGUCAAGGCUUUGUGACUGUGGAAGAGGUACAAAGACGGCUCUCGUGGACAUCUGGUCGGGUUAUAGAUACUCUCGAGACUUUGUUAGAAGAGGGCCUCGCAAUGAUCGACAAUGGCAAUAAAGACGGAAAAUGUCAGUAUUGGUUCCCCUGUGUUUCCUCUGUUUAUUCAUUCGCUGGGUCUGAUACUUGAACACUUAAGAAAAAACAAGUAAGCAUUUGAUGUUCUUGUGUUUUUGUUUUAUACUCGAUACACUUACUCAUUGUUGCAGAUAAAUUGCAAAAAUUCUUAUCAGUAUAUAUCAUAAAUCUUCUUGUACAUGUGUAUAUAUAAAUAAUUGUUUUUCAAACACCUGCAUAGAUCAACCUUGAUUAUGCUUGGUUGUUGGAGAUGAUCUCGGUUUCUUCCGUCCAGUCUGAGUUUGGGUCGCUCCAUGAUCUCGGUCUCACCCCGAGCUGCAAAUACAACACCAUUUCCAUUGCCUCAAAGACCUUAGUUUCAUCCAACACCUUGUUCCACGCACCACUCACUAUGCAGUAAUUGUUGUUAUACGGUGCUCGGUGAUGUUCCGCGUGCUGUCUCCGUGAAACAAGCAGCCCGAUGUCCUGCAACGCCACCACGAGAGGUGGAAGCUUGCUCUUGGUCCCAUGAGCCCAAGCAUGGAACUGCUGGCUAAACAUUAUGCAAAAUGCAAACGUGCUCACAAAGCCAUGAACCACAGGGUCACUAAACGCAAGGUCUAGUGGGAGAACUGUCAAGGUUAUGACCCGAGCUAGAGCGUGUAGAUUGUUGGCAAAUUGCCUUCUGGUGAUGAUCCAAGGCCACUUGUGGUGACCCUGAAACGCUUCGAUUUGGGUUCCGACAAUAGGCGUUGACUCAUCACCGUAGUUAUCGAUGGCCCAGUGGUACACUCCGGAGCCGAGAUCAGCUAAGACAUACCCUGCAUAACCGGCUAAAGCUGGUUCGAGCCAGAGAUGAGAACCAAACCCUCCAACAAUAGAUUUAGCUAAAGAAGCAAACAAGCUGGUGCAGCCUGCUGCAACCCAUAAGCGGUGGGACCAUGUCGAUUGCAGAGUUGGGUCGUUGGGCAGAGGAGGGUUCACGAAGCGAUUCUCAACCACAAGCUUCUCAAGGUUAGGCUGAGGCUUGGUGGUUGUUGUAGCAGAGCACGUGACACGAACAUGGAGAAGAGACGGGCGGUGGCUUCUUGGGAUGUUGUUGGAGAUGGGUCUUAGAGGGUACUUUUGAAGUGAUACAGCCAUUGGAAGAGAUUACAGGAGAAAGGCGUAAAAAAGUUCUAGUUUUUUUUUCAACCUAAAACCAACGAUAGAGGAAGAGAUUACGCUGAAGCUAUGUUGUGGUGUACGUCAGAGCUGCGUGGGACUAUUGUGAUCGCUAGCAUUAGCUAUGUAACUUAUAGAAAAAGUUUGAAAAUUGGACUCUUAGUUUUUAAAGUUACCAACUAAAACCCAACAUUUUAAAAGGUGCUAUUUGCCUCCCUCAGUUCACAACCAAGAUUGCUCUUCAAUCCGGAUUU